AUGGCUUCCAGAUCAAGAAUUGUGCCCGCCCUGCGGCGAUCUGCUGCUGCCGCUGCUGCUCCCGGUGUUCGGCGCUGUGCUGUGCGCCCAGCUCUCGCCGCCACGGCCACCCAGCAGCAGCAGCAGCAACCGGCCCAGCGCAGUGCCGAGUCGCCACGAUGCCUGAGCACCUCGCGGGCGGCGCGGGCGGCGUACACGACGGACAAGUACCCCUCGAUCAAGCGAGACCCGCGGUUCGCGGACCUGACGCCGGAGCACGUUGCGUUCUUCAAGGAGGUGCUGGGCAAGGACUCGUACGUGAUUGACGGGGUCAACGCCGAGGUCAGCGCCGACGACAUGGAGCCCUACAACGGCGACUGGAUGCGCAAGUACCGCGGCCACUGCCGGCUCGUGCUCAAGCCCGGCUCGACGGAGGAGGUCAGCAAGAUCCUCAAGUACUGCAACGACAACAUGCUCGCCGUAGUGCCGCAGGGCGGCAACACGGGCCUCGUGGGCGGCUCUGUCCCCGUGUUUGACGAGAUCGUCAUCAACACCAGCCGCCUCAACAAGAUCCGCUCCUUUGACGACGUCAGCGGCAUCCUCGUCGCCGAUGCCGGAGUCGUGCUCGAGGUCGCCGACCAGUACCUCGCUGAGCGCGGCUACCUCUUCCCACUGGACCUCGGCGCCAAAGGGUCGUGCCACAUUGGCGGCAACGUCGCCACCAACGCCGGCGGCCUGCGACUGCUGCGGUACGGCAGCCUGCACGGCACGGUGCUGGGCAUCGAGGCGGUCCUCCCCGACGGCACGAUCCUCCGGGACCUGAGCACGCUGCGCAAGGACAACACGGGCUACGACCUGAAGCAGCUCUUCAUUGGCGGCGAGGGCACCAUUGGCAUGAUCACGGCCAUCUCGAUCCACUGCCCGCAGCGGGCGACGGCCAAGAACGUCGCGUUCCUGGGCGUCGACUCGUACGAGAAGAUGCAGUCGGCGUUCCGCGAGGCCAAGGCGCAGCUCGGCGAGAUCCUGUCGGCGUUUGAGAUGAUGGACGCGCGGUCGCAGAACCUCGUGCACACGGUGCGGACCGACCUCAAGCGGCCGCUCGACGGCGAGCACCCGUUCUACUGCCUGAUCGAGACGAGCGGCAGCAACGCGGAGCACGACAGCGAGAAGCUCGAGGGCUUCCUCGAGGACGUCAUGGGCAAGGAGAUUGUCUCGGACGGCGUGGUCGCGCAGGACGAGACCCAGAUCAAGGCCCUGUGGACGCAGCGCGAGAGCGUGCCCGAGUGCCUCGGCCACUGGGGCGGCGUCUACAAGUACGACCUCUCGAUCCCGCUCAAGGACAUGUACCGCCUCGUCGAGGAGACAAAGGCCAAGUUUGAGGAGUCCGGCCUCAUGGGCGAGUCGGACGAGCACCCCGUUGUGGACGUCGUCGGGUACGGCCACAUGGGCGACUCCAACCUGCACCUCAAUGUCGCGGUGAGGCGGUACGACGAGCGCGCCGAGAAGCUGCUCGAGCCCUGGGUGUACGAGUGGGUGUCCAAGGUCAACGGCAGCAUCAGCGCCGAGCACGGCUUGGGCAUUGCCAAGAAGAACUACGUUGGCUACAGCCAGAGCGAGACAAAGAUCAAGCUGAUGAAGCAGAUCAAGAACCUUUAUGAUCCGAACGGCAUCAUGAAUCCGUACAAAUACAUAUAG